AUGAGCAGUACAGGCACUCAUCUUGGGAAUACACCUUUGAAUUUAGCAAAGCUAAGAGAGCUCUCACGAAGAGAGUUACCAGAAAUUCUGGACAAGGUUCGAGGAAAGAAAGGGCUUGUACUUGACCCUACAUUGACCGGGCCACUCAGUUUGAUAGCAGAAUUCACCUUGCUUAAGGACCAUGGUGUAGAAAAGAUUUAUCAUUUGGAGUCUGAUACCCUCGAAACAGAGUGCCCUGGAUUGAUUUACAUUUGUAGACCCAAACUGAAAUACAUGCGCUACAUUGCCAACCAUAUCAAGCACUUUUCGAAUACAUCCAAGAUUGAUUGCUGGUUAUUUUUCGUACCUGAACGUACAAUGGUAUGCGAACGAGUGCUGGAAGAGGAAGGUGUCAAAGGAGAUAUCACGAUUGGCGAUUAUGCCAUGGACUGGAUACCUUGUGAAGAUGACUUGAUUUCAAUGGAAUUGGAUCCCUCCACAUGGAAGGAAAUCUACCUGGACGGAGAUCAAACAUCCAUUUAUUAUGCAGCCAAAUCAUUGAUGCGACUCCAGUCAAUUUAUGGUCUUUUUCCUCGAAUCAUCGGUAAAGGAGAUGGCGCAAAGCAACUGGCAGACAUGUUGCUGCGUAUGAGAAGAGAACAAUCCGUGACAGAUGAAGUUUCCAGCAUCACAGCGGCCAAAACGCCCUCUUUGUUGAACACUGUAUCAAAUCACAUUGAUCAGUUCAUUAUUAUUGAUCGAAAUGUCGAUCUUGUCACACCUUUGUGUACUGAAUUGACUUACGAAGGUUUGAUUGAUGAGACGAUCGGCAUUAAGCAUUGUUUUGUCGAGUUGGAUGCCAACUUGAUCAAUCCUGCUCAACCAGCAGCAGCAGCAGGAACAGCGCCCAAGGGACUCAAUACACCUCAAGUAUCUACGCCUCCAGCAACAUCGACCAAUACCACAUCGCCCAUGAAGAAGAAAAAGUACGUCUUGAAUUCCUCUGAUAAAUUGUUUGGCCAGCUGAGAGAUCAAAACUUUGCUGUUGUGGGUGGCAUGCUGAACAAGAUUGCCAAGAGAAUUAACGAAAACUAUGAGGAGAGACAUAAUGCCAAAACGGUUGCUCAGAUCCGAGAUUUCGUUGGUCGAUUAGGCGAGCUUCAACAAGAGCAUCAAUCCUUGAAAAUUCAUACUGGAAUUGCCGAAGAGAUUAUAGGACAUACAGUGACAGAUGAGUUCAAUAAGGUGUUGGAAGUGCAGCAAAAUGUCGUUGCAGGCAUUGAUGGCAACAAAGAGCCAGACUACAUUGAGGAGAUGAUCAACAAACAAAAGCCGCUUGUUCAAGUAUUGCGAUUACUAUGUCUCAUGUCGUUAGCUCAAGGUGGUUUGAAACAAAAGCUGUUUGAUCAUUUUGAAAGAGAGAUUGUCCAAGCAUAUGGAUAUGAACAUAUUGAAACGUUACACCGACUGGAAAAACUUGGACUUUGGACGAAAAGAACAAAUUCAGCCGCUUCCCGCAGCACAUUUGCACAAUGUAGACGUAUGCUACGUCUUAUUGUUGACGAUGUGGAUGAGUUACAUCCCAAUGACAUCUCGUACGUGUACUCUGGUUACGCACCAUUGAGUAUUCGACUCGUUCAAUGUGCAAUGCAAAAGUUGGGGCAGGGGUCUAUCCAGACAACAGGUAGUAGUGCUGCUAGUCUCUUUUCGUAUGUAGGCACCAGUACAGCCAACUUCAUUCGAGAUAAUGAAAAGCACCAUCACCACACCUCUGCCACUGGUGCAAAUGGUGCUGCUGCAAAUGGUGGCUGGCGUGGAUCGGAGGAUAUACUAAAAUUAUUACCCGGACAAGCGUUUGAUAUCAAACAAACAGUGGAGUAUGGAGCUGAAACGAAUGCAGCCAUGGCACGAGCAAAGAGACAUGGACUUCAACACGGAAAAACGACUAUCAUCUUCUUUUUGGGCGGUUGUACUCAUACGGAAGUAUCGGCUGUUCGAUUCUUGGCUCAGCAUGAUGAAGGCCGAGAUUACUUGGUUGCAACGACUCAAAUCAUCAACGGUAACAGUUUCUUGGCUCCCAUUAUCCAGCAUAGACAUGAUUAG